AUGGCAGGGGUUUACUCUGCUUACGGCAUAAACAGAUAUGUUAACGAAGCAAAACGACUGUUCGAUGUGCUGGAAUCUCGGUUGAACACCCACGAUUGGUUGGCGGGCGAUAAGUACACCAUCUCUGACAUUGCAAGUUAUGCCUGGUUGAGGUCUGCUUUUCUGCUUCUGGAUAUAGAUGUUGGCCAAUGGCCUGGGUUGGACAAAUGGAUGAAGAGGAUCGGCGAGCGCCCGGCAGUGUUGAAGGGUGUAAAUGUUCCUCGGAGCAGCCGAACUUCUGAGGAGAUGGCCCAACAAUUCAAAUCGAUGCGAGAUAAGGUUGAUGCAAUGAAGAAUACAGACAAGUGUGAUUCGUGA